AUGCGCUUGGCAUUUGUUGACGAGUGGCUUUUGGUACACCCUAAGCCGCCUUUCCUGUACCUGGGGACAAUGAGCGUUGACCGUCUUGCUGAACUUUCUCGCCCUGGCCAGAAUGCUAGCAACACCUCCCAGAACAGAAGUCAGUAUGAGAUGCGGCCUCUUUUGAGUUCGGCUUCAAAUGGUGCUCUGGAUGACAAUAUGGCUGAGAUUAGCCAUAUUGAGGACAGUAUCCAGGCCAUCCGGGACAAUGUUCAACGCAUCCAGGCUCAUCAGAAUGCCAUGCUCCAGACUGCCGAUGCAAACGAAAUCCAACGCAACCGCAAGUCAAUCGAUGACCUGACUGCCGAGACCCAAGGUGUGAUGACACAUGUGAAGCAGAAGUUGAGGGAGAUGCAGCCUACUGCUCGCCACAAGGAUCUUGAGAUUCGCAAGCUUCACUUUUCAAGACUGACCCAUCAAUUUAUGGACGCUAUUGAGCUGCAUCGGUCGUCGGCUAUUGAGUUCCAGAAGGCUGAAACACGUCAGCUCGAGCGUCAAAUCAAGAUUGCCAAUCCAAACGCCACGGCCGAGAAUAUCGAAGAAGCUGUCUCGCAGGCGGUGGAAGGUCGGCCGGCAGUGUUUGCUCAACAGCUCAUGACGUCGAUGAACAACGAGCAGAGACGGUACAAUGCAAAGGAAACCCUAGAUGCUGUCCAGGAACGACACGCGGACAUCGGACGUCUGGUCAAGAGUGUUCAGGAACUGUCCGAGCUGUUUGCUGAGAUGCAGUACAUGCUCGAGAACCAGGGCCAGAUCUUGAACCAGGUCGAGGAGAUGUCUGAACAGGUUGUUCAGGAUGUCGAGAAGGGCAACCGUCACAUAGAUGCCGCGGUCAGCUCGGCAAAGGCUACACGUAGAAAGAAGUGGAUUUGCUUUGCUAUCUUUAUGAUCAUCGUCAUCAUCAUUGUCGUUGUUUUGUGUGUCAAAUUGAUUCCAAGUAACAAUAACAAUAACAACAACAACAACGAUAAUCCUACCCAAUAAGUUAUAUAAAAAAUUGUUAUUAUUACUAUUAUAACUAUUGUCAUUUUUUAAAGGAAAAAAAACAAUUUCUUCGCCUCUUACUCCCACACCUCUUCCUCCUACACUUCUUCUUUUUCUUCAUACUACUACUACUACUACUACUAUUACUAUUACUAUUACUAUUACCAAUAACAUUACCAUUAACAUUACCAUUACUGCCUAUCCUCGCUCACUCGUUCACUCACUAUAUUUUUCUUUUCUCUUUCUCUAUUUUAUCCCCUCCCCAUCUCCCCUUCAAGUCAGUAAUAAAUAUAAGGAAUACUUUAUCAAAUC